AUGACCUUAGAAACAUUCGACCUCUUCCAACGCCUCCCCUUUGACCUUCGUCGUGAGAUUUACAUAUUGGCUACACCGCCCCGCAUCAUUCAUGUCAAAGAAGAUGCGCAAGACCCAACGCAAUUUGAAGAACAAUUCAAGGAAAAGGCCAACAUCUGCGUCAACCCCGACCUGGCAUACUUUGCUCCUAACUGGCGCCAAAAGAUCCUCCCCGAGCCCAUUAAGCAACGCACAUUAGAGGCUGUUGGCGUGAGCAGUAGUCGUGGCGGGCCACAUCAACCAUGGGAGCCGUCGGCGUCCACACCGGAGAUUCCUCUCAGAUGGCUCCAGGAUAAGCCCUCGAUAGCGUGGCUCAUCAUGCGCGAGAACUCGCUGUAUAGUGCUGCACCCAUACCACCUUUGUUGCAUACCUGGUAUGAAGCGCGAAGGGUGUUGAUGGGCUUCGGAUACACACUUGCUUUUGAAACACGCACAACCGGACCACGGACGUGGUUUCAUUUCGGUAGGGAUGUGCUGUUUAUCGACGAGGACAAUGCGAACACAUACUGGGAUGGGAAUCACAUUCUGACAGGCUGUCAAUAUACGAUUCUCGGACAGUUUCACUCGAAAGAUCUGAAAAGAGUACGGAAGUUGGCACUGGGCUCAUCUGGAUCGUUUUUGUUCCCUUGGCAGCGUUAUGACUAUUGCUCCAUGCUUGCACUUUCAGUCCGAUUAUUCCCUGAUCUAGAAGAGCUUCAGAUCGCCCAAUGGCGGCAAAAAGAUCUAUUCCGCUGGCGUGAUUACGGCAAGAACAAAACUGCCAUGCAUCCAUGGUCUAGUUAUAUAGACGAUCCGGUUGGCGAGCUUUGCUCUUUACCCGUUGAGGAGAUUGACGCCCUGCUGCAACUACUUUCACGGGCUGAUGGCGUUCGAUCCGACUUGCCAGUCGCUGGAGUCUUAGGCGAGGCUUUGAGAUCAUAUCAGCAGCGGGAUGGUGAUACUAGUGGUCUUCAUUUUCUUGAAUACGCGCAACGGCGAGCGCAAGCCGCGUUAGCUGCGCAACGCACCCUUUUACUGCAGAAGAAUGGACCAGGCCUUUCGACUUUUUCCUGGCAGAUUCCGAGGGUAAAGGCCGUCCAUAUAAUUUCACCAACAAUGGCAGCCCUACUACAACAGGAACGGCAAGUCGCCUGGGAAAAUUUUCUGAAGAUGAAACGCAAUUGGCAGGCGAUGGAGCAUACCGAGACAGCACACUCCUGCUCUAUAAAUGCAACUAGUGACUACCCAAUCCAUAAUAUCUAUACACAUGACAUUGAUUUUGGUCCGUUCUCAGAGCUUCAUCCAACCGAUAGGCUUUACAAAGCCGCAUGUACAGACGCCAGGCAGUGGUGGGCGGAGGAGGGAGUGCUUGCUGCACCAAAAUCUGCGGUGCUGUUUUGA